CCUAAGAAAGACCAACCCUCAAUCUCAAAACCUCUCGGCCAAACGAUUUUCCAUCCCCAUCCAACCCCGCGAAAAGCUUCCCCAAUUCAUCCCUCUCCUCACGACACCACCAACCCAAAAUGCCUCGCUUCUCAACCAGCGCAGAGUGGCUCUCGCAGUCCUCCCUCCUCCUAAAAGCCCGCCCAACAAGUACCCGAAUUUCAUCCAAAUACUCCGUCCUCAGCCCCAAAGCCUCCAAAGUCUCGAAAUCGCGGAAGAAGGCUGCCACACUCACGGCAUCUGAACCUGCAGCAGCACCGGCAUCUGACGAUGUGUCCGCUACUCCCACUCCCACUCGCGCGAACAUCGCAACCUUCACGCUCAAGACGUACGACCCAGCGUCCGGCACGUGUCUGAAGUACCAGACCAAUAAAGCAGCUGAGGUUGGGCGGUUGGUGGGGAGCUUGGGGAAGCUGGCACGAGUUAUGGCAGCGCUGCCGGAGGUUGUGGAAGAUUUGAGCGCACCGAUAGAUCAAGCCGGCACGCAUACGCCGGUGCCAGAGGGGGUGGGUAAGGAUGUGAAGGCUGGUGAUGCGAAGGGACCGCCGGGCGGAGGGGGGGCCGGGGGUGGGAAGAAGAAGAAGAAGGGGAAGAAGUGAGGGUUGGGACGGAGAUCAUGAGAUACGAAUAUCAGAAUGGGGGCUACGAUAUGCAUGCAUGGGAAGGCGUUUAGUGGAAUUGCGGGGUGGGAUAUCAAGUGCAUGUGGUUCGUAAUAUGAAUUUUAUGAGUCGUUGAGCAUCGAUCUGCCACUUCUUAGGCGCUUCAAUGUUUCGAACAUAUGGGUAGAAAGUAUAAUGCGUUGUGAUGGGAGUUGGGCAAGCGGGCAUAGACUCUCCAUGGGUGUACGGCUCGCAUAGAUCUCUCCACAAAGUGAUACACAGCAAGCAAAAGUGCCCCAAAUCAAGGGCGAAUGUGUGGUGGCAUUUAAUCAACAUCAACCUGGCACUGUAGAACGGUCGGUACAUAUUCCAUUUUGGGACCCUACAAGGCAG